AUGUUCAGAAUCAAACUCCUUUUUGUCACCUUGGUUAUCUUUCCCAGUGCACAGGCUUGGAUUAAAGCUGGUUACUGGUAUUCUGGUAGUGAAUUUCCAGUUCCAGACAUCAAUUCAGCUCUGUUUACCCAUCUCAUUUUCGCCUUUGCACACAUAAAUUCGUCGAAUUAUGAGUUCUCUAUAUCCUCAUCUGAUGAAGGAUACAUGUCUACCUUCACAGAAAUAGUCAGGCGAAAAAAUCCAUCAAUUAUAACCCUUUUGUCCACAUGGGGAGGAGAGUCAAAUUCUUCAAAAUUUUUCGAAAUGGUCAGUACAUCUCCCCGCAGAAGGUCCUUCAUCGAAUCUUCCAUCAAGGUCGCCAGACAGCAUAGAUUUCUAGGUCUUGAUCUAUUCGGCGUUGUUCCAAAUAUGCCUAUCAACAUGACCAAUUUGGGAGCUUUUCUAGAUGAGUGGCGAGAAGCAGUAAAUUCUGAAGCAAAACAUUCGAACACUUCACCGCUGAUCUUGACCAUGGGAGCUCGAUAUUCACCAACUCAAAACUUCAUGACUUACCCAAUAGAUUCAAUCAAAAGAAAUGUCGAUUGGGUGCACCUCAGGUCUUAUGACUAUUAUGUGCCAUUGAAGGAUAAUUUCACAGGAGCGCAUGCUGCAUUAUAUGAUCCAUCAAGCAAUCUAAACACAGACUACGGAAUAAAGGAAUGGAUUAAAAGAGGAUUACCAGCCAACAAACUGGUCCUGGGAUUGCCAUACCAUGGUUAUGCCUGGACACUCGUAAACCCCAAUGACAACACAAUAGGUUCUCCGGCAAAAGGCCGGGCCAUAACUGCAGAUGGAUCAAUGAGCUAUAAACACAUCAUGUGGUUCUGUAAAAGCUAUGGUGUCAAACCAAUGUUCAACUCCACAUACAUGACGAACUACAUGAAAAGUGGAUCAUCCUGGAUUGGUUUUGACGGUGUAGAGGCUGUCAAGAUAAAAGUUUCUUAUGCAAAGAAUAAGGGGCUUCUUGGUUACCACGUGUUUCAAGUUCCCAACGAUGAUGAAAAUUGGAUUCUUUCUAGAGCAGCUGGAGGAGAAGAGGAAGAUCAGAAAAGUAAACAAUCAUUGCUGGUUAUUGUAUUGCCAACAGUGUUUGUAGCUAUUCUCCUAUCUGGAACAGCAAUAUGUUGCUUGAAAAGGAAAGUGAUCAUGUCAAGAGUCAGAGGAAAAACCGCUUCAGGGAAAAGAGUUGUAUAUCCUAAUCUCCAAGUUCUCACUUUCAAUGAGAUAAAAACAGCCACGGAUAACUUCGCAUGUGAAAGCAAGCUAGGCGAAGGUGGGUUUGGACCUGUAUAUAAGGGCAAGUUGGGAGAUGGACAAGAGAGCUUGGAUACAUACCUAUUCGAUCCAAUGAAGCGAUUGUGGCUAGAUUGGGAGAAACGGGUUCAAAUUAUUGAAGGACCUAAAAUAUCAGAUUUUGGUAUUGCAAGAAUUUUCCCGAGAGACGAAAGUGAAGCAAAUACACAGAAGAUUGUCGGAACUUAUGGAUAUGUUCCUCCAGAAUACGUCAAACAAGGUAUGUACUCCAAAAAGUAUGAUGUUUACAGUUUUGGCGUACUACUGCUACAAAUCAUAAGUGGCAAGAAGACAUCAAAUCUUUAUGGAGUGGAUAAAAAUCUAACUAUUCUAGAACAUGCAUACGAACUUUGGAGAAAUGACAAUUGCGAGAACUUCAUGGAUCCGUCACUCGAUAAUGCUGCCACAACAUGCAAACUGAAGAGAUACAUGCAAGUGGCAUUAUUGUGUGUCCAAGAAAGAUGGGAAGAUCGGCCUUCCAUGUUGGAGGUCUCGUCAAUGCUCAAAAAUGAGACUGAGAUUGUGCCUGCUCCAAGUACACCUGCUUUCUCAACUAAUCAAGAUGAAGACCAACAAAAAUAUUGCAGUACUUCACAUGCAGAAGUUUAUUCAGCCAAUAUGGAAACAAAUUCUGAACUAAUGCUGCGAUAG